CCAAAGUGGUAGGUCAGUGACCCAUGCGGAGCCUCAUCUCAGCUCCUCGACACGUCUGUACAAUUGCUUCUUUUCCCUCGCAAUCGCCCACAUUCUUAUUUCAGCCGUUUUGAUAGGCGACGUCUGGACCCGGUGGAUGCAAACUCGGGUCCGCCAAACGCAUGGGCUGACCCACGCGGCACUCGCGUCUUCACAUUGCACGCCUAAGCCCUCGCCACGUCUUUUCUUCUGCCGCCUGCCUGCAAUCAUCCUCUGCACCAAAACACCAUGCCCACAGCUCAUGGCCACCAACGUACCCAUGAAAACCACUUGUCGCAAUGCCGGGCCGUGUACGAUCGACUUCAGGACCACCGCCAGCUAGUCUGGUUGCCAUGUGCUGUCACCUCCCUCUUAACCACACGCCAUCUCCUAGUCGAGGCAAACCUGCACUACCCUUUGCAGUUGUACAUCUGUCAGAUUGUCGCCACUGCCAUUCUCGCUUUCGUUUCACACCUAUGGCGGAAAAAUGAUCAAGAGCGCAGCAGCGAGCAAGAGCAACCCAGACGACCAAUCCAAGCCUCACUUCUGGUGAUAGCUUCACAGGCCCUACAAGCAGUAGCAGCGCUAUGUAUAACCCAAGCCGUAUUGCACACUUCAAACCUGCCCCUGCUUUGCAUGUUGGCGACGAUUGCAUUCUUCGCUGAGGGUUUGAUAUUGCACGUGUUCAGUUACACGUCCCGCUCAGGCGUAGAUGCGCUACGUUUGGGCAUCCACCUCUUGGCUUGUACCGGAAUCCUGUCCGUAGAGUACCGCCUCAUGGUGCCAAGCUUGAUAACAUCAAUCUUAGCCAUGCUUAUGCUUGGCUUGGCGAGUGCGUUGAGGAAGUUGGCCUCGAAGCAUUAUCCAGGGGUUUCGCUUAGCCAAAGCACGGAUGCCAGUUGGUUAGUUGCCAUAGGUAUUCUAAUAACAGCAUUUUGUGCACUCAGCGGUUGGCCCGACGAGCAUAGAAAUCUACUUGACAGGGAGAACUUGCUGUUGCGUACGUUGAAUGCCAUUUCAACUGGAGCAGCGCUUUUGAUAGGAGGAUCAGUGUUGUUUCCUAUAGAGACAAUCGGUAAUGGCCGAUCAUCCGGCUACACCGCAUCGCAACGUGUGAGCGAUGCAUUCACACAGCUAACAAUGACAGCCAUCAUUGGCUGUUUUACCACUCUUUCGCUGCGCCGUUCCUACUCCAGUUGGUACCAACUGUGCUUCUACUUCCUUGCAGUCCUGUGCAUCUGCGGCCAUGAAGUUUACAGGUCAAGUUGGAAGCAAGCAAGACAGCCGAAAGAUCCCCAUGGAAGCUACGAUAUGGUCCCGUGCUCGCCCAGAACUCGAUCAGACGAUAGCGAGGAGGCCGGAGAAGCAGACAUGCUAGCGAGCCGUCCAGACUACAGCCACGGCUUCCGCUCGUCUGUCAGCAGCAUUAUAUUAGUCAUGAUAUGGACUGCGUAUGUAAGCUUUAACUUUGGACAACGCCAAUACCCACACAUCGAGCCUCGACUGGAUCUCAAGUACGAGGCAAAUACUCCUUUAGAGGUUGUUAUCAGCAUGUACAAGGAGCGGACAGAAGACGUGGCCUCGCUUAUAUCGAAGCUACAUACCAUGCCGCAAAUGUCACAAGCUCUUGUUACAAUCUAUCUCAAGGAUGGCCAGGCAGACGAAGAGAAGGUCAAGCAAGAAACAAAGGCGCACAAUGUCGUUAAGCUUCCAAACGUGGGACGAGAAGCCGAGACGUACCUCAACCAUAUCGUCAACCGCUGGGACAAGCUUGCAGAGCGUACUAUCUUUCUUCAAGCCGACAUUCACAACCCACGAGAGUUUUAUCCCUUUUUCCAACGGUAUUUCCGCGUAAACGAAACUGGAUUCCUCAACCUGGGAUGGGCAGGCAAUGUUUGUCAUAGUGACGACUGUGGCGACAAACAGGGCUGGCAGGACGAGACAUCGCUGUUUCCGCAGAUUCAAUCAAGGAUCGACCACUCGGUGCGCGACAGUAUACUGCUCAGCUACAAGGGCCAGUUUGUUGCUACCGCUGCGCGGAUUCGCGGCAUUGACAAAGCAAUAUACGACGAUCUCUGGAAACUUCUUGUCGACGAGAAGAGCUGGGCGCACAGUGAACCUUAUCUGCAGGGCCGAGAAGAUGCCAUGAGCAAGCCUUGGUUCGGAUAUACGAUGGAGCGGAUAUGGAAUGUCCUGUUCCAAUGCUCAGACAUGGACGUCGCAUGGAAAUGCCCUACGCUGCUGAGCGGGUGGAGGCCUGGUGGCAGCAUUGCCGACUGCCAAUGUUUCGAUACCGAGCUGGUCGAAUCAUGAAAUGUGCUUUGAGCCCUUUGUUCGUCUCUUCGUUUUUUUUCUUUGUUAUGAUCCCCCCCUAGACCAUGAACGGCGCAAGCAUGUCGCUUUCGUCUCCCACCUUGGAGCCGCCGCUAUUUAGUUAAUUUUAGACGGCCGCCGACAAGAUCAAAAUACAGACUAUUUUUAAUGGAUGCGAAAAGAAAAAGAGUAACUACUGGUUUAGUCGCCCACGCACAUGCCAGAAGGGAGCCUUUUACUUUUGGCUUUGGGACGGGCGACAUGUGGGCAUUCCGCGUGCGUGGAACGACAAGCCGAUAUGGUUUUCCGGACGUGUUUGAGAAUGUGAAACCUGGAGGAUUGACGGACGCAGGAGGUUCUGAAGCGCCAAGGUGAAACGUGUCACAGCAGCACAGCAGCAGCACAGCAGCAGCACAGCA